AUGUCGCGGCGCAAGCAAGCCAAACCGCAGCACAUCAACUCCGACGAGCCCGGAUCGAUAGAAAAUGGGAUUCAUCAAGGUGAUUCCACUGAGGAGACUGGAAGCGAAGUAAAACGGUUCAGAAUGGAUGAAACCAGAGUGUGCAACAAGUGCUGCGCUGAAUUCUUUGAUGACGCAGAAUUUCUUGAGCACGAGAAAAGCUGCACAAGUCAGCAAGUGGUCAUCAUGAAAGAUGGAGACAGCGGUGAAGAGCCUGAGAAAUAUUCACAGGGUUCUUCUGAAGGCCUUACCAGCGACCAUGAUGACAGCCACUCCAGCAAUCAUUCCCCAUCACGUGCCAAUGCGGAGCAGCUGGACAGAAUGGAGGAGGACUCCAAUGCGAAUGCAGAGGAUUCUGGACAUCAGCAUUGUGGAGAGAUGUCUGCUAGUCCUGAGAUGACUUUCCAGCCGUCCCUAAAAAUGCAAACUUCUAAUGUCACUCUUGAGACCAUGGCUGACACUAAAGUGGCCGUCUCUCAGCAUCCUUCAAACAUGUCUUCAACUUCAUCACAGGAUGCCAUGCAGGCCAUCCCAGUCAUCUUGGAACAGCUAGUGUGCCUCCAGCAACAGCAGCUACAGCAAAUCCAGCUCACAGAACAGAUCAGAAUCCAAAUAGCCAUGAUGAUCCCACAGGGUCUCCGCUCGUCAGCAGAGUCAACGGCGGACCCCCUGAGAGCCCUUGGUGCGCAUCUCUCACAACAACUGUCUGCUGCUGCAGCACUGAUAGAAAGAACCAGCACUCAGAGCCUUUCUGUGGAGAAACUAAAGCAAGGUAAACUACCUCUCCCCACUGGCAUCUCUCCCUCUCUGAAUACAGGAAUGGGUUCAAUGAGCGCAAACACAGACAUUUUAAAGGGUGCUCCAGAUUUGACUGGCUGUUUACCAGUACUACUGCCACAGUCUCCAGGUGUUCUGGGUUUCCCUAACACCUUCACUGGUGUCCAGGCAGGGAUGGAGUCCUCCAAAAAAGUGAAGCCAAAGAUGCUGAAUGUCCCACCAGAAUCAAAGAAUGGGGAUUCCCUAUACAAGCACAAGUGUAAAUACUGUGGAAAGACUUUUGGCAAUGACAGUGCCCUCCAGAUUCACUUGCGUUCUCACACCGGAGAGAGGCCCUUCAAGUGUAACAUCUGUGGAAACCGUUUCACAACCAAGGGAAACCUCAAAGUUCACUUCCAACGCCAUAAAGACAAAUAUCCUAACAUCAGCAUGAAUCCUCAUCCGGUACCCGAGCACCUUGACAAUAUUCCCACCAGCAGUGGCAUUCCCUUUGGUAUGUCUGUACCCAUGGACGAGUCAAAUAUGACUGAAAUGAAGCCUGUGCUAAGUCACCCAGCAGCUGUCUUCAACCCAUCAGCCAUAGCAGGAUUCAAAGCAUUUGAUGGCUUUGGAGGGGACCCAUUUUCCCAGAGACCCUCGCCAACAACAAGUGAUGGCUCCCCAAAUGUUUCCUCUGUCUACGGCCAAGAGACAGGCCUGGAUCCAAUUCAGAAAGAUCCUAAAGAGCUGCUUGGAGCAUUGCACCAUAUGAAUGGUAAUGCCCUCUCAGGAGAGCAAAGCUCUGGAACAGCAAAACUUCAGCAGAUGGUGGAUGGCCUGGAGAAGAAGACUGGUGAUCCCAAUGAGUGUGUGAUUUGCCAUAGGGUACUGAGUUGCCAGAGCUCCCUCAAAAUGCAUUAUCGCACACACACUGGCGAAAGGCCGUACAAGUGCAAAAUCUGUGGUCGUGCGUUCACCACAAAGGGCAACCUUAAGGCUCAUUAUGGUGUGCACAGGGCUAGCACUCCUCUUAAGAUGCAACACUCGUGCCCGAUCUGCCAGAAAAAGUUCACAAACGCAGUGGUUCUGCAGCAGCACAUUCGCAUGCACAUGGGUGGGCAGAUCCCCAACACCCUAAUGCCAGAAAACCAGUUUGAAGCAGCAGAAGCAAUGGUGCCUUCUCUCCCAGAGGAGAAGCCUAUGGAUGCCAGUGGGUUUGAAGCUAACACGGAGGAUCAUGAGCCGGAACUGAACUCCAAGACAGCAAAUGACUCCACAAAUUCCCUGUUAGCUGCCUCUGAGGAACAACCACAGAAGCUCGCAGCCCCUCCAAUGUUAUCCAGCCUAGAUGUUUUGAAGAGUCUCUCCUCUGCGCUUGCACUGAAACGACAGAAUAGCACUACUUCAGAAAGUGAAGGAACAUCCAAAGAAUCCCCACCAGCACAGAGAGAGCAGGAGUAUCAAAACGGCCGUAGCCCAGCCAUUUCUGACUCUGCUGCGUCAUUUCGCUCCUCUUCACCAGUGAACAACGUUAAUAGCAAAUCUCCUCAGUCUGCCGUUGAAGAAUUUUCCCACAGUGGGUUAAAACCAGAAUCGGGUGCUAUUAAAGAUGAGUCAAGUGGAGCCCUCGACCUCACAGCUUCCAGCAGCUUCACCCCAAAGGCGAUUAAAGAAGAACCUGGUGUGCCAUUUAUGAAUGGAGACUAUGCUUCCAGUAGCAUGCCUUUCAUGAGGAUACCAUCGACCCUGGCCAGCCUGGAGAUGAAGAUUCCCCCAGAGAAUCCUCUGGGCCCUCACAGUUUGUUCAGCUCCCAAAUGACUCAGGGAACAGCCAUGCCCUCCUCAGUUUCCCCCGCACCGCGACGAUCAGCCAAACCGCACGUGUGCAAUGUCUGUGGCAAGAACUUUUCAUCUGCCAGUGCCCUGCAGAUCCAUGAGCGCACGCACACGGGGGAGAAGCCUUUCGCCUGCCACAUCUGUGGCAGGGCUUUCACCACAAAGGGAAAUCUAAGGUGAGUUCAUAUUGGCACCCACAUGUGGAACAACUCAUCACGGCGUGGCCAGCGUCUGUCUCUGGAUAAUCCCAUGACGCUGAUGGCAAUGACGUCCGAUGCUAAGAUGAUGCCAGAGAUGAUGCAGGCCCCCAAAGAGCUGGUAGCUCCUUCGCUGAACUUUGACCCGUCUCUGUGGAACCAGUAUGCUACUGCUGGCUUCAGUGGUGGCCACAUGAAGACCAACGAAAUUUCUGUUAUCCAGGGAGGUGGCAUUCCACUCCCUGGGAGCCCUGCUGGUGGGCCCCUGAUUGGCUCCACUGGAGGCCUCAUGAAGAUGGAUGGAUCCCACUCAGGCUUGCCUGCCAUUGUGGCUGAAAUUGAGAAGAAUGGCUCAGAAAGUGUGCCAAAAUCACAGUUUCCACAUUUCAUGGAAGAGGGCAAAAUUGCAGUUAAUUAGGCUUUUUUGUUUACUCUCUUCCCCCUUAGUCAUCAGGUAAU